AUGUCCAAACCCAAACCUAAAGUCGCACCGCAGUUCGCCAAUGAGGAGGAGCGAGCUGCCUACUAUGAGAAGGUCAUGGAAAGCAGCGACGAUGAAGUCAAUACGAUCAGGGUAAAGAGUCUACGUAAGGAGUCUUUGCAUCCUCGUUGGCGCCACUUCUCCUGUAAAGAGUCUAUGCUUGCAGGUCACAUGAGAAAAAUCAUGGUCGUCCCAAAAGGGAUCGCGUAAGUAGUAUACCUGUAGUAGGAGUAGUGAAAGGAGCUAGUAUACCUGUAGUAGUAGUGAAUGUGAAAGGAGUAGUACUGGCGCUCAGACUUCCACAGCCUCUUCUAUCAUGCCGUGAUGGGAGAAAUGCAACGAACUAGUACUGAAGGAAGAUGAAGAAAGACAGACAGGAAACCAUGGUCGUCCCAAAGGGGAUCCCAUAGUCUAAACAGGAAUCCGCAAGGUGUAGGAAGGCACUCCAGCGACGCUUCAUCUCUAUAGAGACUCUUUCCAACUUUAUUAGCCAAGUCCGUUCCUGAUUGUGACUCCGAUUAGUAUUACAUACACAUACUCAAUUUCAAUCACAUACUCAAUUUCUUCCCUUUUAAAACCAAGCAAACCACCCAUGAUCCUUUCAAAUCUUUACCCAACCCAAAAAUCAAGUUUUCCAAUCAAGUACCUUAAAAACAAAACAGGUUGAAGGUGAGGAGCUGGCCGAUGUCCCGGCGUGGCUCCGCGCCGCCUUGGCCAUGAUGGACGCCGAUGACACAGGUGAAUUAGACAAAGCGGAGGUCGUCUACUUCAUGAAGCGCAUUCGUAAACUCAUCCAAGCCAAGAAAAAUGACAACGGUGAACUCGACUACGCUGAUUUUCCAGACUCGGUUAAAGCAGCUUUGGCAGUAUGGGAUGCUGAUGCGAGUGGGUAAUAUUACACUGCUGGAGUUUAUUGACCUUUCUUCUUGAUAAUGGAUAUAUUUUUUUGUUUAAAGAAAUAGAAAGAUCUUGGUCUUCUUCGGUUCAAAACAUUAUCUUACAGUUCAAGAUCAGGGGUAUUUGGACACAACUCUUGAUACAUACAUCUUACAGCUCUUGGCCCUUUUUUUAUAUUUCGCUAUAUUAAAUGGGUCGUUCGUUGGUGUUUCUUCGAUCUUGCAAGAUGAUUUGUUUACCCGUCGUUUUUACUUGUAGUUUUGGUGAUUUAAAUUGCCAUGAUCAAAAUGUUGUCUCUACAUCAGCUCGUCGUCAAUCUAUUCUUAUCAUAUCUCCUACUCUUACAACCUUAUCUCCAUCCAAAACUCCCAACAGUUCCGUCUCUGUGGGCGAACUUACUGCGGCAGCUAAUGCCCAAAAGAAGAUGCAAGAGGAGAAUCGUGUCAUGAAGCGCGCUUUGGUCGUACUGGUUGCGAUUAUUGUCUUGCUUUUAUGGCUUGAAAAGUGACAAGUUCUUAUACUCAUUUAAUCUUCGAUUUUCGAUCCAUGGUAAGUGCUCAUAAUGUGCUCGUUAUUGUUUAUUAACGUCCUGCCCCAACCAACAACCACGGAUCCGCUCUCUAAUCCUCGCCGUGAUGAACUUCGUGAUGGGCUUACUUGCCGUCGAAGCUGGUAAGGACACGAAGCCUUCCGAAAGUAGUUCUCAUCUUAAGGCUACAAGAAAUCUCCCAUUUUCAGAAGCACCAUCUUGGUCCUUAGGUUUUUAUAGGGAAAACGAGACCCAAGAUGCUGCGCAAGAUGGAUUUCUCUUAGUUCUAAUCGUCGCCAGCGUCGUCUCCGCGAACUAGCUGAGGUCCACGGUGAACAUCGUCUCCUCC